AUGCCGACCAAGGCAAUUUUUCCCACCUUCUACAAUAAGGAGACAAAAAUAUGGAGUGGCGUGCCCCGGGCCACGCUCUAUGAUCAGAACACCUCCAUUGGUCAGGUCAUAUUCAAUUCGCUAAAGUGCUGGCCCACCAAUGUGAUUCAGAUCAACGACGACGAUGGAACCGUGCUGACCAACGCCGAUAUGCUGGCCUAUGCCACCCGCAUUGCCCUGUACUUCAAGAGCGAGGGCCUGACCCAAGAGGAUAGGGUCGGCAUUAUCGCCAAUUCCAACACCUACGUGAUUCCCCUGGCCACCGCCUGCUUCUUCCAAGCCACGCCCUUCCAUGCCGUUAACUACUCCCGGGAGCCGGCCAUCAUUAAGGGUCUGUACUCGGUGACCAAGCCCAAGAUCAUGUUCAUCGAUGGUGCGGACUAUGAGAAGAUCAAAGAGAUUACCCAAGAGUGGUCCCCCAAGCUGAUCACACUGACGGGUCGCGUGGAAGGUGUGACUAGUAUUGAGGAUCUGGUGAAGCCCCAUCCCGCCGAGAAGAUUUAUGCACCCGCUGCCUUGGUCAAUGGUGGUGACCAAACCGCCGUGGUUCUGUGCUCUUCCGGAACUUCUGGCCUGCCCAAGGCCGUGGCUCUCUCCCACCGCCACGUGUGCACCACCAACUCGCUGUGCAUCAGCACCGAUGUGCUGUACACCAGUGCCACCAUUGACUGGAUGACUGGAUUUUCGAUUACCGUCAUGAAUCUCAUUUGCGGCUUCACCCGCAUCCUGUCCAGCAAACCCUUUAGCGCAGAAACAACCAUCAAUAUAGUGUCCAAGUACAAGGUCACCUGCCUAGCCAUGGCUCCCUGGCAGGCCUACGAGCUAUACACCAGCCCCCUGGCCACUCCAGAAUGCCUGAAGAGCCUGAACAUCUCCUUCGUGAUCGGUGGCUGGAUAUCGCUGGCUCUGCUGCGUCGCGCCCAGGAUCUGAUGCCCCACUGCUACGUCAUGUUCUCAUAUGGAACCACGGAAACCGGUGUGGUUACCAUCAAUUGUGACCAGUCACUGGAAUGUUCGGUGGGUCGACUGGCCCCUGGAAUGAGGAUAAAGAUCCAUGACGAAAACGGAAAGCAGUUGGGCGUGAAUCAGACGGGUGAGAUUCUCAUCGACAUUGGCAUCAAGUGGGAGGGUUAUCUGGCGAAUCCGGAGGAUACGGCUGCCACUAUCCAGAACGGGUGGAUCAACCUUGGCGACCUGGGCUACUUUGACGAGGACAACAACUUGUAUCUGGUGGACCGCAAGAAGGACCUGCUAAAGUACAAGUCCAAGCACUAUUGGCCCAAUGAGAUCGAGCAGGUGAUCGCCGAGCUGCCGGAGGUGAAGCAUGUCUGUGUCGUGGGUGUACGGGAUGAGAAAUAUGGUGACGCUGCCGGAGCUUUGAUCAUCAAGAAGGAGGGCGCUGAUAUUAGUGCCGAGAAGAUCUGUGAGCAUGUGGCUCAGAAGCUGGUGGUGGAGUACAAGCACUUGAAUGCCGGCGUCAUCUUCGUUGACAAGUUCCCCAAGAAUGCCAACGGCAAGGUUAUGCGUAGUUUGGCCCGCCAGGUCUUUGAGGAUACUAAAAAUUAG